ACAUAACAUAAACAUUACAACUCGCUAGAUAGACACAGAUGUAAGUAAGUAAUAUAGAGAGCUCAGAAGGACAUAGUUGCAGAGUGCAGGCAUAUUUGUCACUCUCUCAAACGCCGUUCUCAUUCCGCAUCCCAAUUCUCUUAUCUCUUCUCUCUCUGUUUUUUCUUCUCCGUACUCUCUCCACACAGACACAUGUGUGUUUACUCAACGACCACAACACCAACACACUCGCUGACAUAAACACUGCUUUCAGGUGCAUCUAAUCAAAUCUUCUCCCUCCCAUCCAACUCCACCAAAUGCAGCAAAUACACUCCAUGGCACCAGGAACAGCGGGAGGAGGAGGAGGAGCCAGGUUUUUCUCCGGCACCGCCUCCGCGGACAGGAGGGUCCGACCCCACCACCAGAACCACCAGGCCCUCAAGUGCCCCCGCUGUGACUCCCUCAACACCAAGUUCUGUUACUACAACAACUACAACCUCUCCCAGCCUCGCCACUUCUGCAAAAACUGCCGCCGCUACUGGACCAAGGGCGGCGUCCUCCGCAACGUCCCCGUCGGCGGCGGGUGCCGUAAAUCCAAACGCUCCAACAAACCCGCCAAAACCUCCGACGCCGCCCCCCCGCCCCCGCCGCCCGACCCGGACCAUUCCAGCAGCGAGAGCUCGAGCCUGACCGCCGCUGCCGCGGAGCCCGUAUCGGCGCCGAUAAACUCCGAUUCCACCAACAUGCAAGAGUCGAAGUUGUCGGUCCCCGUGGAUCCUGUUUUGGGAACGAAUCCUCUGGAGCAGGGAGCAGGGGACUGCGGUGGUAUCUUCUCAGAGAUUGGACCUUUCACCAGCCUGAUCGCUACUUCCACUAACGAGCCCUUGGGUUUCGGUUUCGGCAACGGUCUGCCCGAUGCGUCGUCGUUUCAGUGGCAGCACUCGAAGGUGAGCAGCAACCAGGAAUUGAAGUUGGCCGAAAGCUCCUUCCUCGAUCACACCGUUGAUUUGUCGACUCUGCAUGGUAAAACCAACCACGGAACAUUCGGAUCGUUGGAUUGGCAGGGCGGUGCGGAUCAAGGUUUGUUUGAUCUCCCUAACACCGUUGAUCACGCUUACUGGAGUCACACUCACUGGUCUGACCACGACAAUUCUUCUCUCUUCCAUCUCCCCUGAAAACGGCUCCACUCCUUCACAAAUCUCAUCUCACCUUUUGUUUUUUUUUAAUCUCUUAUAUAAUUUAACUCUAAAGGAGGGCAAAGGAUAUUUGAAACCAAACUCAAAGUAAAAAAAAAUCCAAAGCGAAGGUGGAAGGACUUGAUAUAAUUAAUUACGAGGUGUAUAUUUUUUUUAAUUUAUAAAUUUGGGGGGUGAUUGAGCUUGAUUCUAAUCAGUGAUGUGCAUGCACAACUAAUUCCAUGUUAGUUUCUAUCUGAUUUUUCUUUUUCCUUUGUUUGAUGUGAUCACGUUUUAAUAUAUGUUUGUGGAAUUUGAUUGAUUAACAGAGAAUUAUAGCAGAGUGUUUUAA